AAAAGAAAAGAAUAAGCGCUCAUUGUUUAUUUAUUUGUUUUUUUUUGAACACAUCUAAUUUUCUACCUUUAAAUACACUUGCAUCGCAUUUAAGUGUUUGAAAACACAAGAAAUUCAAAUUUCAAAAUUCAAAAAGAGAGAGAGAGAGAAUUCGACUGGACUCGACGAUCUGAAAACGAAACGAGAUGAAGGCUUUUUACAGGCAGAGGAAGAAGAGAGGCACCACCGCCAACUCCAAAACUAAGUCACCUUCUUCCUUCUCUCCCAAGACACCUGGCUCCGACGUCACCCAGACCCCUGCCUCUCUUCACCUACAAGAGGAUUAUGAUAAGGAUGAAGAGGUGUUAAGGCAAUUCGACCUGGACAUGGCGUUUGGACCAUGCUCCGGAAUGACCAGGAUGGCUCGGUGGGAACGUGCAUCUCGUCUCGGAUUGAAUCCACCUAAAGAACUUGAGCAACUCCUCAACUCUCCCAAUGUUCGCCCCCAUUGCAUUUGGGACUCUCGCAUUUAGAAUCAACUUACUUAUCUUGUUUUUGUUUAGUUAUCUAAUGCUUGGCGCCACUGAAUGUUAUCCAAACCAAACUCAACCCUUUUGGCCUAUUGGUUUUGAGUUUGGAUGUCAAAUAUUAUGUAAGAACUGAAAUCUAUGAAGUGUUUCAGCCUCUGCCUCAGAGCCUGCCUGAUGCUUUUAAAAA